AGAAAUUGAGAAUUGCCUAUUCACUAAGAAGUGAAAUUUCUGUCUCACUCUCUGUGGUCGUUCGAAGUGAAGAAUCCAUCGGCACACCUUCGCUCCGACUCCACCAUUAACAUGUGAUUUUUGUUUUUGAGAUGAUCUUUUGCUCUGUCCUCUCUGAUUAUCGAACCCAAUGGAUCCUUCUGAGCCUCAAAUUCAUACUGUGCCCAUUUGAUUUUCGUACACGGCCUGACCCGUUGCCACACGGGUAAUAAUAUGGUACGGGUACUGCUAUGCCCAUAUUCAAUUGAACACUUGGGCUGACCCGCUGACCUAACCCCUGCGUCAUCACAAGUCGCUACCCCCCAGGAAAUCAGCUUCGGCGUAGAUGUGGGCUUCACUCACCAGCGUUGGCUUACGAAUUCUGUGCAACCGCCUUGUUUCUGUGCCAUCUGUCGUCGCCGAAGCUCCUCUGUUGCAUUUGAGAUUCCGGAGGUCCACAUUCAUGGAGAGUCGGCACAAUCCCACCGCUGGAAGCCGCUAUUUCACCUCCUCAGCUCAUUCUACCAGAAGUGGGGUUAGAGGUGGAGGAUUGGAGAUGGAAGACAAUCGCCGAAGAUCAAGAGGCCGUGGUAGCGGAUCUUCUGGGAAUGAUAAAAUUGAUGCUCUUGGCAGACUACUGACACGUAUACUGCGGCACAUGGCUUCUGAGCUGAAGCUAGAAAUGAGGAGUGAUGGAUAUGUCAAGGUCCAAGAUGUGCUGAAGCUCAAUUUGAAGACUUUCGCUAAUAUUCCUCUAAGAUCGCACACAAUAGAGGAUGUUAGAGAGGCCGUCAGGAAGGAUAACAAGCAGCGGUUUAGCCUAUUGGAAGAAAAUGGGGAGCUUCUUAUACGUGCAAACCAAGGUCACACUAUAGCGACAGUUGAAACUGAGAGCUUGCUUAAACCUAUAGUUACGCCUGAAGAAGUUCCAGUUUGUGUGCACGGAACCUACAAGAAGAACUUGGAAUCAAUUCUAGAGGUGGGUCUCAAGCGCAUGAAGAGAUUGCAUGUACAUUUCUCUUGUGGCUUGCCAACAGACGGGGAAGUCAUUAGUGGUAUGAGACGAGAUGUUAACGUGUUAAUCUUUCUUGAUGUAAGAAAGGCUUUGGAAGAGGGAAUGAAGCUUUACAUAUCAGACAACAGGGUGAUUUUAACAGAGGGGUUUGAUGGAGUGGUCCCUGUGAAGUACUUCCUGAAGAUAGAGUCAUGGCCAAAGAGAGAGCUCAUACCUUUUUAGAUGGCCUAUUGUCAAUGGAAACGCAAGUAGAAAUUGUCUUUUGGGUUUCCUGAAUGCUUUACAUAUACUAGGAUCAGCCCAGUAAGGUUUUUCGUUUUUCUUUUAUUUUUCCCCUCCAUACAAAUCAGAGUUACUGUUUAGUAUUUGCAAGAAUCGCAUUGUUCCGUUGCAAACAUCUGUUUGCCUCUUAUUCUCUCGCCAAUAUAUGUAUAUGUGUGUGUGUGUGUGGUACAAAGUGGGAAAACAAGGAACUUUUGUUCUGGGACUCUGUAAUCUUCUUUCGUCGGUGCUUUUGUGGAAUUUACAAUUUGAGAAAGUUAUUGA